AUGGCCCUAGGCAACAGAUCCGUGCAAACUACUCACCAUGAAACGUCAUUGGCCGACAGGAUCUCUACACUGGGCGAUGGCGUGCCCUCGGGCAAAGGCACAUCGUCCCGCAGCUGGCUAUUCUCGAGCCCGCCCGCGGCUCCUACCUUCUUCCCCAUCAAGUUGGAGCGGGCAUUCAACGAUGGCGCAAUUCCCGUCGCCGAGCGGGCGUACCACAUGAAAGGCUCCAUCGAUGGAAUUGGCCCGGACGGCGCACUAAAAUUCAAGUUUACAUCUUCAGUGAUGUCCGCACAUCCGCUCUGA